CCGCCUUCUGCAGCGCGGGUGCAUGCGCAGUAGGGGAUCGGAAGCGGCUUCCGGGCGCAGCGGAAGCCUUUCGCUCCUUUCUGCUCGCAGGCGGCCAUCAUGGUGUUCAAACGCUAUGUUGAGAUUGGCCGAGUUGCCUAUAUCUCCUUUGGGCCACAUGCUGGCAAGCUGGUGGCAAUUGUGGAUGUUAUUGACCAGAACAGGGCGCUAGUUGAUGGCCCCUGCAGUGGUGUAAGAAGGCAGGCUAUGCCCUUCAAGUGCAUGCAGCUAACAGAUUUUGUACUCAAAUUCCCACACAGUGCUCGUCAGAAGCAUGUGCGAGUUGCCUGGGAGAAAGAAAAUAUUAACGAAAAAUGGGCAGGUACAAGGUGGGCAAAGAAGAUUGAAGCCAGAGAAAAGAAAGCCAAGAUGACAGACUUUGAUCGCUACAAGGCCAUGAAGGCAAAGAAAAUGACUUGCAGAAAACUAGAGGAGCAAUAUAAAUUUGCCCUGUGAGUUAGCCGAUGCUUGUUCAUCACUAUUUUUUUUUUUAAACACUUAAUUCAAGUUCAGUCUAUAUUUCUCUCUUUUAACUCCAAGGUAGUCUUCAAGGCUAUGUACCAGACAUCUCUGCAGGUGAAAACUGAAGUAGUCUCCAAAGUUCAUUGAUCCUUUGUGAGGGAUUGCUGUUGACAAUAUGAAACACUACUUUCCUCCUCCUUCUCAGGGCCACACAUUGCUUUAAUAGCAAUGCUGCCAACCUGUGAAAAAAUAAACUGACUAGGGGUCUCACCCAGACUUGUAGCAGGGCACUACGACUAGGCUACCAGUCUGACAGCAGUCUUUUGUCACUCAGGCCAUCAAAGUGUCUGAAAUAUAUCACACCACAAUAUAUAUAGUGCACGUGAUAUCUUUCUGCAAUUUCAGUAAAACCUACAUCUGCUGAACAAAGAGUGAUUAUGCUAAAAAGGAGAGAAUUUGAAAACCCAGAAAGUCAUGAGUUAGCACAGAUGUCUAUAGACUGUUCAUUUGCUGCUCUUAUUAGACUUAAUGUUACAAAAUAAUUUCUUUAAUUUAUUACAGAGGAACAGGAUCAUCAAGCAUGAAGUAAAGAAGCUCCAGAAGCAAGCUUCCAAAAAAGCAUAAACUGUCAGGAAUCAAAUAAAGUUCCAGUUUAAUAUACA